UCAAUCAGCUGGGUGUUGUGUAGAGUGUGCUUGAGAUGCCCGUCUUUAGAAAACCAACGAAGACUGCCGUCUGUCUACUUGAAUACUGACAAGAAGAAUAUUUGAAACAAUAUGCCACCAGAUAGGCCAGAUGCAUCAGGAGUAGAAACUGGAAUUGGGCUGAACAGCACUCAGGUCUUCAAUUUCGGGGAAACAGUGUACACAAUGAAAGAGGAAGAGAAUGCAAGUGCUUUUGUUGAGGCAAAUUCGACCGACGAGCUUCACGAAGAUGUCUCAAUGUCAGAGAAAUCUAUAGAGAGGAAUAGUCAGUUAGAUGAUGAUUUAACUUCUUUAACCUGGUUACACCAGCAAAAUUUGUUGAAGGGUUUGGAUAUUUCGAAUCCAUCCAAAGACAUAAAGAAUGAGAAUUUAUUAAAUAAUAAUGUAUCUAACGAGGUGGCAGACUUUUCUGAGAAUACCAACUCCAUUUCGAGUUUAGACGACGGUUAUUGUCCAGAUAAUACUGGCAAGAUAAAUAAUUCAACGUCGUACAGUCAUAGUCAGAGCUUUCAGCAUACAAAUAAGAAUGGUCAAAGGUCAAUGCAAAUAUUUCAAGAGUCGGUGAAAAAUCAUUACAAUUCCUCGCAAAAUAAUCAAACGAAGAUCUCUUUGAGCAACAACAAUCUGCCAGUUUCUAAUCGGAACAAACAUCCCACUCAUAUACCAUAUGAUCCUCAUUUGCACAGAAACAGUAAACCUCCGUAUUCAUUUUCCUGUUUAAUUUUCAUGGCUAUUGAAGAUAGCCCUGUAAAAGCUCUGCCAGUCAAAGAAGUAUAUGCAUGGAUUUUGGAUCACUUUCCAUAUUUUAGGAAUGCUCCCACUGGAUGGAAAAAUUCUGUAAGACAUAAUUUAAGCCUGAAUAAAUGCUUUCGUAAGGUGGAGAAAGCACCGAAUUUGGGCAAAGGGUCGUUAUGGAUGGUGGACGCGCAGUAUCGUCCAAAUUUAAUACAAGCGUUGUCUCGUGCUCCAUUCCCGCCUCCUACCGCUCAAACAUUGUCUUCCCCAGAAAAACCCGUGAGAAAAAAUACAAGUACACGGCUUCCAGAUCCUAUUCUCUUCCCGUACCUUUCCAAGAGACUGGCAUCAAGUAACAUUACUGACAACACAGAUACGGAAGUGGACAGUGAUGUUGACGCAGCGGCAGCUGCUAUGCUUUCUUUCAAACACGGACCUAUUAUUCUAAAUCACAAUAAAGAUCGUAAACGAAAAUUACCAGAAUCUGAAAAGUUGAUUCCAGUAAUCACUAGGAGCUCUAGCGAAGAUCAUACAUACAGUUGCAUUACCUCAGUAAAAUUAGAAAGCAAAUUCCCGAAGGAAGAACCGAAUCCCGACUUUGACGAGCAGCGGAAGAUAGCGGAAGGUGCGGACGCGUUGUUGAAUUUAGCGGGUGUAACCACGGGGCUUAGUAGAACGUCUCAAGUACAAGGUAUCGCAACAAAGUCCGAGGGUACCGCGAAACCGAAGAAACGUUCGACUCCAAAUGAUUACUCGAACCCACCGGAGAAAAGGCGCAAACAUUGGCCAAAGUGGAGUGACGGAAAGCGGUAUUUAAAGCAAAUUAUAUAAAAAAAACUUUUUUGUCGCGCGUACGUAUAUGCAGCAUUUACGUACAAUCUUAUCUUUCGUCUCUGAUAAAAUGAAAAGAA